AUGGUCUUAAACGAGAAAAUUAAUGAGAAGAAGAGAGAAAGAAAAAGAAAGAGGGUAUGUGAGUCCCGUGACACAGUCUUAUGCCAUGCUCGACUUGCUCACCUACGAUUUGCGAUCGACGUUCAGUGCAAGUUCAGUAUACUUCGUAUUCGCUACACAAAAGACAAGGAGAAUAAUUUUCGAGAAGUGACAGAAGUGGAAGGGAAUGACGAUGUUGUUAUGCAGUUGAUGGUUGAAAGUGAAUGA